GUAGCUCAGGCCUCCAGCCGACUGGACGAGGCCUCCUUCCCAGAGGACACCGAGUCGGAGAUCACGCACUGGUUCCGGAAGGAUUACGAUAGCACUUUUGACGAUGAGGAUCUCAAGGCUGGGGGGCCGUCUGGAGAUGAGUACGGCAGUGGAGAAAUGGGCAGCGGGUCCAUCGAGCCUCCGGACAGCUCCAGCCAGUCUCCUUUCUCUACAGGUGAGUGCGUGCCGGGCUGGCGGUCGGAUUGGGGAGCCAGCCGAGAUCUCGUAGAAAGAGGGUGGCUGGCGAGACAGGUGGGGGUCCCCAUCUGGUUCUCCAAGGGCCUCCGGAACUCCGUCCCUUGGCAAAAGCGUCCCGAUUGUGGGACGAGGCCCCUUGCGCCCCGCUCCAAAUCUCUGGGAUCCAGGUUGGUGGUUUGCAGAGCCGUAGAGGAUGCUGGGAAGGGCUGGUUUUUCCAGGGCUUCUCGGGAGCCGAGGCCAAAGCCGGUCCAACGUGCAAGACUCUCUGGCAGCCCACGGGCGCAGAUCAUCCGGAGGCGUGGAUGGGAAGGGCUGCAGGCCCGGUCUGUCUGUGGAAGGGUCCCCGGGGCCGAUUCCUGCCUGUUUUUGAGAGCGUUCUAGCAGAUGGCUUCCCUUCUUUCCUUCUCGCCAGGAACGGCCUUCUGGCGAGGGAGGAAGAAAUGUGUUCCUCACUCUUUGAGGCCUUCCCGCUGCUGGAAAAUACCAAACAGGCCACGUUUGCUUCCAGGAUUAAGGUCUCCGGCGCAGGGGAUCUCCCUCCGGGAAGCCUCGGACUACAGCUACCCUUGCUGCCUUCAUAG